AUGUAUAGAAACUCAAAUUUUUCAUUUUAAGAACCAAAACCGAAAGAAAUAGAUUUUCAAGCUGUAGAUAGGCUCCUAGAGUACACAAAACAAACUCAUUAAAAUUCUUAGAGACAGAUUAAAUAGCCAGAUUAUGAAGAAAAAGAAAAAUAUAGAAAUAUUCGACCUAAUUCGUUAACUUAAAGAAUAUCCCUCUAUGAAACAAACUAAUAAUAAUCUAGAAGGGAAAGGUUAUCUUUUUAAGAUAUUGACUUUUGUAAAAUAGUUAUGUUUUUAAUGGCUGCUGAGAUUGAGAGGUUAAGGGAAUAAUUAGAAGAAAAUAUAAAUUAAGAAUAAAUCAGAAAAAAUUUUGAAGGUAUGCAAUCCUCAAUUAAUCAAUGGAGACUCAAAUUCGAACGAAAAGAGGAGGAGUGCGAUUAAUUAAGAGAAGAAUUAAUGAAUUUAAAAUAAAUAAACAAAGAAAAUUAUGAAAAAAAUGCUUAAGCAUUAUACUUGCAAAUUGAGAAAUUGAAUAAUGAAAUUCAAGAAAGCUAAAUCAACUUGAAAUCAAAGCAAGAUGAAAUAAAUUCCUUAUAUCAAUAACUCCAAUAAAAAAAAGGUUAAUUGGACUAAGCUGAUAUCACUAUUAAGCAAUUGAAAAAUGAAGUGUAAAGUUUAUAAAACAAAAAUGAUAUUAAAUAUGACUAAUUCAUAGAUGAACUUAAUAAUGAAAUUGAAAACCUAUAACAAAAUUAUAGAAAACUCUACAAUGAUUAUUAAUAGUAUAAACUAGGGCAAAGUGCCCUAUUCGAGAAUUCAAAGUUAAUAAUAAUACAUUCUCCAGGAGAAUUAAGAAAUAAAUAUGCUGAAUUAGAUGAUAUAAUAACUGUAAAAUGA